ACAGGAUCAUCGCAUUCAUUCACUCUCGCAGAAAAAGCUCUGUAUUGUUUCUCAUCGUUGCUUUAGCAAUGGCGUGGAGCCGCGGAUCCAAACCCGUCGUCCUCCUCCUGCUUCUUCUACAGCUCUGCUUCCUCCUCAUCUCUCCCGCGCUCGCUAUUUCUCCCCCGUCGGCCGACGGUUACAAGAUUAAUGGCAUAGUUAAGAUCCCAGGUCUGGGGGUGAAAGGGUUUGGUCUUCAUGGAAAAAUAUCAAAUAUCAAAGUCAUACUUAAUGGUGGCCAAAGUGUUACCUAUCUGAGGCCCGACGGGAUUUUCACAUUCCAUAAUGUACCUGCAGGGACUCAUCUAAUUGAAGUGUAUGCAAUAGGUUAUUUCUUUUCUCCGGUCCGAGUUGAUGUUAGUGCCAGAAACCCGGGCAAGGUUCAGUUAGCACUGACUGAGAAUAGGAGGGGUUUGCAUGACUUUGUUUUAGAGCCCCUUAGAGAGGAACAAUAUUAUGAGAUAAGGGAACCCUUCAAUAUUAUGUCUAUCGUAAAGAGCCCAAUGGGUUUGAUGGUUGGAUUCAUGGUGGUGGUUGUGUUCUUGAUGCCCAAACUAAUGGAGAACAUGGAUCCCGAAGAAAUGAGGCGAACUCAAGAAGCAAUGGGAAACGGAGGACUAGCAAGCAUGUUGCCUGGUGCUGCAGCGAGGAACUAAACAGUUAAACAGAAACCCACAACCCUCUCUGCAGAUGGAGCACUUGUCUGUUUUCUUUCUAGAUCAGGAGCUGAGAUAGUGUGUAUCAUUUUGCCCCAGGGCGUUUAUGUUUUGUUACAUUAAAACUUGUAUGAUAUGAGCCUGCUGUUGUAGACUUGUAGUAUUAUUAUCAUUCUUUAAAGCUAAGGAACGUGAUGCUGUCACGCUGACAAUACAAUUUUGUUUCUGUGUUGCUGUAGUAGUGUUAACUUGAUUUCUACUUUUCUGAUGAGCUGACUGCAUUGAUGUGAACAUGUCACCUCCAGAGAACCAACUUCUGAAAAUUAAGGUGUAAUAAGUUCUUAUUGAAUUCCAACGUUUAUCUUCAAAGGCA